AUGGCGGUAUAUGGUGGUGAAGGCGAUGGUUGGAUGCCAGAACCGUCUCCUGACGACAGCAAUCCUUGGAUUCAAGCAGAUAUUGGUGUCCUGCGUGACAUCAUAGGUGUACAAUUACAAGGGAAUGCUGAUGAUGAUAACUGGGUUACAACAUACAGAGUCAGAUUGAGCAUUAAUGGCUCUGUAUGGAAGGACGGUGUCAACAUCAAGGGGUCAGAGAUUUUCCAUGGCAAUCGAGACAGAGACUUGAUCGUCACCAACUACUUCAUACAACCGGUCCAAACCAGAUAUGUCAGGAUCUAUCCACAAACGUGGCAUGGGGAUAUUAGUUUCCGGUUCGAGCUGCUUGGCCUGACUAAGAUACCUCUGAGUGAGGUUCUUGAUGCUGAGAAACCACUGACGUUUUAUCCUCUCGGGAUGGUGAAUGGAGAUAUAGAGGAUUCUCAGCUUACGGCAAAAAAUUGUUGGGAUAACGAACAAUGUGCACCUAGCGCUCGCCUUCAUAGUAGACACCCCGGACAUCCUGGACCACCUUAUGGCGGAGGAUGGGCGUCUGGAGACCGAAAAAACCCCUGGAUACAAGCAGACUUAAAGGCAAACUUCUUGGUGAUCGGCCUGAUGACGCAAGGCAAGACUGAGUUUCGUGAACAAUGGGUGACAAGAUUCCGAGUAUUGCGGAGUUUUGACCAAUACCUAUGGCACGAUACUCUUGACAUACGCCGCCAGAUAGAAUUCCUUGGUAACUUCGACCAGAAUACAGUUGUCACAAACUAUUUCUACAGACCGGUACUUACUCGAUAUGUGAGAAUUGUCGUGAUGGCCCUACAAAGUCAUUCAGUGAUCAGAUUUGAGUUGAUUGGACGAGAUAUCAGACCGGGAAGGAAGCGCUUUCCAAGAGAUUCAAGAGAAUGCUAUAGCUCUACCGAUAUGUCUGAUUAUAGAGGGUCUGUGAAUCAGACUAUCUCAGGCCGCACCUGUCAGAAGUGGACCUCCUUUGAACCUCAUGACCACUUCCGUACAGCGGCCAGGUACCCAAUGAGGGGUGUUGGAGAUCACAAUUACUGUAGAAAUCCUGAUGGUGAGCCCUUUGCAUGGUGCUAUACGACAAAUCCCCAUGUACGAUGGGAAGAAUGCAGUAUUCCGCUCCGUCAAGAUACGUGCGGCGAAGAGCACGAAAAGCCCAAAUGGGAAGAGUGCUUUACAGACAGCGAGGGGAGAGAUUACAGGGGAUUCAUCAACACGACAAAAAACGGCAAAGAGUGCCAGCGGUGGGAUCGAACAUCGCCGCACCAUCACACAAAAGUGAGUCAAUACCCGGAUGCAGGGCUGGUGGAGAACUACUGCCGGAACCCGGAUUCAGGGGAUUCGACAGCCUGGUGUUACACCACCAAUCCAAACACGAGGUUUGAAGAAUGCCGACUCUUGCCAAAUCAAUCUUCAUGCGUCAAUGUGUCAGCUGAAUUUGUCUGCAAUUUGACAAGACGCUUGGAGAAUUACGGUGGAGUGGUGAAUUGGACUGUCAGCGGUAGGGUAUGCCAGUAUUGGUCAUCGCAAUUCCCCCACGAGCAUCCCUAUACAUCUCAUGAGGGCGACCACAACAAUUGUUCGAAUAUCGGCAUGCGUGUUACCCCGUGGUGUUACACAACGGACCCUUUGGUUCCGUGGGAAUAUUGCCCGGUCGGCAUCUACCACCCUGCCUGCGUGAAAAACUCAAAAGCUACUUUUGAAAAAGUAGAAAGACCAGUGGUCACCUUGAAGCCAUAUUCAAACAAGGGAACUUGGCCGAAAUACGCAGAGGACUCCACAAAGGACUUCAGUGGAUUUCACUUUGAUUCGGUCGAUGGAGUCGAGUUUGUCCCCUGCAUAAAAGGUGAUGCUUGCGAUCCGGAUCCUUGUUUUAAUGGAGGAACUUGUAUGUUGAAUGAUACUUCAUACACAUGCCUGUGCUCAGGGGCAUGGACAGGAAGAAAUUGCACCCAGGAAUCCCCGAACCUCGAUAAUGCCGUAUGGUAUGGGAAAGGUAAUGUUACAGUCAUCACGAAUCUUAUCUUAGACCAUGAAGAAAAGCCUGCUUACCAAGUAAAACUAAGGUUUGACAAACUUUAUGAUCGAGACCAUCCAACCUUCCUAUUCAUUGAGGUUUAUGUGGACGAUGCUAAUGACCAAUGCCCAGUGUUCCCUGGAAACCACACCUUUUAUCCAGUCCCAGUAUUCCAACAAUACAUCGAAACUGUUUAUGCUUACGACAAUGAUCAAGGACAUAACGCCAUGAUAUCAUAUUAUUCAGAAGUAGCCCAUUCUGUCCAACGUGAUGAGCUACUGAGUAAUGUGACUGUCCGCCUAGCGGCUGUUGAUGGCGGUUUUCCCCGAAGAGGUAUGGUAAAAAACGUUACUCUAAUAGUGAGUGAGUCAUGUGUAUUUGACGCUGAUGAAGAGCGGACCCCUCUUCGGCUCACAACCGGCGUGGACACAGGAGAGAUCGGGGUGGCUGUCCCGAAAUAUUACUUCUACAAAUAUGUUUGUCUAUCUCCUCUUGGAAUGGAAUCGAGACUCAUCAGUGAGUUUCAUCUCGAUGCCUCUGAUGAUGGCCUGGAAGGUCACAGUGUGGACGGCGCAAGACUCAAUAGACUACCUACGCGGCUAUUUGGUUCAGGUUGGGUGCCAGGUAACUUCCCAUCGCGUCCGGGUGAAUGGAUGCAAGUAUCUAUGAAUGAAACCACUGUGUUAGCGGGAAUCAAAACGCAGGGUUCCAGUGAUAUACUGGCAUGGGUUGUAAACUUCACAUUGGCUGUCUCUAACAAUACAUUCUCAUGGAUGGAUAUCUUGGACGCAAACAAUAAGACCAGGGUAUUCAUUGGAAACUACGACCAGACCAGCACAGUGACAAACUACUUUGAUGAAGUAUACGCCAUAUAUUUGCGGAUUUAUCCUAUAUCGUGGCACAGCCGUAUUGGUUUGCGCUUCGAGCUGCUAGGGUGCAGGCCGUACAUGAAGUUUAAACAUCUGCUUGGUUGUAUGCGAUGCGAGACCACGUACUACUGCCCGGGUGACGGAUCACGUUCAACGUGUGGCCGAUGUGACCCGCCACGCGAUGAUUGCGAUCGCUCACCGGUGGAACACUCCUAUGGACACGCAACGCACUGCAGCCAUUGCCCAGAAGGACAUAUUUGCCACGAUGGAUAUGCAUAUAUAUGUCCACCAUAUACAUACGCAGUAUGCAAUGACACGUUCUGUAUUGAUGAAUGCAUCCAAUGUGAAGCUGGUACAGCAUGUUUUGAUGGAGUAAGGACAGAGUGCAGACCAGGUUUCUACUCGAUAGGAUAUGGACAAGAUGAGUGUCUCCCGUGUGAGGAUGGGUCGUACCAACCACUUCCAAAGCAAUCGUCAUGUGAGUGCUGUCCAAGUGGCUUCACAAGUUCCCUUGGCAAAUGGGAGUGUUCCCCUUGCCAGUUUAACCAGUAUUCAGAUGCUGACUGCCUCCCGUGCUCAUUAUGUUCAUCUGCAAGCGAAUGUCCCUGCAUGCUUCCUCCCGGGCCCUGCUUUAAGGGAGUGAAGUGCGUGAACACUGGAGGUGGUCAGUAUCGCUGCCUGGAUUGCCCGCUCGGUUACCGUGGUGACGGCGUGAACUGCGUGGAUAUCAAUGAGUGUACUGAGUCGGACCCCUGCUUUAGCUCCGAUGGAUGCACCAAUCUAGAGCCGGGAUACGUCUGUGAUAGAUGCCCAGCUGGUUACCAUGGAGAUAUCAUCCAUGGAUACGGCUUGAAUCAAACCCGAGACAACAGACAGGUAUGCACAGAUAUUAAUGAAUGCCUCACCGAUAAUGGCGGAUGUGAUGCAAAUGCAUACUGUAACAAUACUGAGGGGAGUUUCCAGUGUGGUGAAUGUUUACCUGGUUACCUUCAAGUUGGCAACAACGAAGUUAGGUGCAUGCUAGAAAUAGACCACUGUGCCUUGGGAACUCAUGAGUGUAACGAGCAUGCCAUCUGUCACUAUUUACGGCCGAAUCAUUAUUACUGUGAGUGUGAUGAGGACCAUGCAUGGGCUGGGAAUGGAUUGGUCUGCGGCCGUGAUCUCGACAUGGAUGGUCAGAUGGACUUGAAGAUGCGGUGCACCAAUACAUCGGAUAAAAACUGCCUCAGUGAUAACUGUCCUGGGUACCCAAACAGCGGACAGGAGGAUACUGACGGCGACCUGACCGGAGACAUCUGUGACAAUGAUUGGGACAACGAUAGAAUCUACAAUGAAAUUGACAACUGUCCCUAUGUAGCCAACUUUGAUCAGGCAGAUGUGGAUGGCGACGGUCAUGGUGAUGCUUGUGAUAAUUGCAUGACAAAGUCUAAUACAGGCCAGUUGGACAACGAUGGUGAUGGGGAGGGCAAUCAAUGUGAUAAAGAUGAUGACAACGAUGGUCUCAAGGACUGGAAGGACAACUGCAAGUUUGUCUACAAUCCUGAUCAAGAGGAUACAGAUGGGGACGACUUAGGUGAUGCCUGUGAUAACUGCCCCUUCGUUACCAACCCCGAUCAGGACGACUAUGACAAGGAUGGAUACGGUGAUGAGUGCGACAAUGGGGAGUCUGAUGUAGACGGUGACAGCGUACAUGAUUACGAUGACAACUGUAUUUUUGUCCCUAAUGCUGAACAGCUUGAUAUUGAUGGUGAUGGUGAAGGGGAUGCAUGUGAUGAGGAUAUUGACGGUGAUGGCAUUUUAAAUGAAGUCGAUAAUUGUCCACUGGUCCCAAAUGAUGAUCAAGUAGAUGAUAUCGAGAACUUUAUAGGAGAUGCUUGCGAGACUGAUUUUGAUGGAGAUGGUUUUGAUGACGAGGUUGAUAAUUGUCCGAAGAACCCUCGAUUGCACAGUUCUAAUUGGACCAAUGGGAUAGAUGCCAAUCUAAAUAACCCCACGCAAGGAGUUAAAUGGUUCUUCUCUGAUAAGGGAAGAGAGGUCCACGGCAAGAAAGAUAAAAAUGUUCCUGUGCUCCUGGUUAGCGACGAAAAAUUUGAGGACGUGAUCUACACGGGCACCAUGUACGUCAACGGUGAUGAGGAGACGGGGGAUAACAUGUGCAUUGGAUUGGUUUUCGGCUUCCACGAUAUCAGGCAAUUCUACUUGGUACAAUGGUGGAAGCAGUUCGGUUUCCAAACGGAAACAAAUCUUCCUGGAAUAGUCAUCAAGAGGAUAUUUGCUAAGGACCAUAGCGAUGACUUCCUUGCUGCUCUGUGGUCUUAUCAGACGUACACAGAUUAUUCCCAUGUGAUGUGGCAAGACAGAGACCUCAAAACUUGGAACUACACGACACCUUAUAGAUGGAAAAUCUUACACACACCAUCCAUUGGAAAGUUCAGGGUCCAGAUAUUCACCGUUGAUGGUCUGCUAACCGAUUCAGGUGAUAUAUAUGACAUCAUGUAUCUUGGGGGUCGUCUGGGUAUAUUCAUGAACCACCAAGACGGUGUCCUCUGGUCAAAUAUGGAAUACAAGUGUCUUGGCAGAUUGAACAAGGCUCUCGUGCUUGAUGGGAAUACCACUUAUAUCGAUAUCGGAGAGGUACAAUCAAUCCACGUGACCGCACAUUUCUUUAUUGAGAUGUGGUGUUUCAUAGAUCCAGUAUCAGAUGAAGAGAUUUUCCCCUUGUUGAGUACAACAGAUGGAUCAUUCGAAUUUUACAUUCAGAAUUCAACACUCUUUGGAAAAUACAGAGACGCAUUUACCAAUAUGACUAGGAAUCUUACAGGCGGGUGGAGGCAUGUGGCUAUUAGUGCUUCUAUAGGAGGGAAGCUCACAAUUUACAUUGAAGGGGAAUAUUCACCACCGACUCCAGAUGCUAUCAUCAGUGCUCAUAACCAAUGGCCUCCUGGCUCUCAUCUGUACCUCGGCAAAGGAGCCUCAGGUGAACUCUUCAGAGGAAAAAUUGAUGAGUUGAGGAUAUUUCAGUUUGCCUUUAAUUCUCACGUCGGAGAUACUUUUUUCCGUGAUUUUGAAUUCUGGAGAAACAGUGGCUACUUUGUCCUGCAGUACUCAAUGGAUGAGCAGUCAAAUGUUUUCCUGUUGUCUGCUCCAGACCUCCGACCGUCUGCUUCAGACCAGCAACCAUCCGCUUCAGACCAACCUGUCUGCUCCGGACCACCAGCCGUCUACUCCAGACUCCGAACCGUCCGCCUCCAGACCAACCAGACUACCAAAAGAGCAAGCCCUGGUAUAGUCUCUUGCUGGCGUGCAAAAGACCCAACACACAAGGAAAUCUAA